AUGUCUGAGGUCAACGAGUCCACGGAAUAUACGAGUCUGUUUGAUGAGGACGUGGGGAGAAUUCCGCACAGUUACAGUUCCACUGCCGUGGACGGCGGAGCUAAUGCGGCAUCGGUGGCGGAGGGUGUUGGGAGUGGGGAUUGGAGGUAUCAGGCGGUGGAGUUUGCGAAGGGGGCGGCGGAGAUGAGUGUGGAGUUUGGGAAGGGAGUUAGGGAUGUAGUGAAGCAGAGUAUUCUGAGAGAAGAUUCUGUGAUUGUGAGGAAGUUGAAAGGACCGUGCGAGAGAAUUUGCAGGAAAUUGGGGUUUUUGAACGAGUAUUUGCCAGAAGAUCGCGAUCCGUUACAUUCAUGGAGUGUGAUCAUCUGUGUUUGGGUUCUUGCUCUUGCAGUAUUAAUUGUGAAUACUGAUCAUGAUACUACAACUUCUCUGGUUAAGAAAAUUAAGAUCCAUCCUUCUAGCGCUAGCCUUAUAUUGCUUCCAGACGGUAGACGCUUAGCUUACCAGGAACAAGGAGUUCCAGCUGAGCAAGCUAGAUUUUCCAUGAUUGUUCCUCAUCCUUUUCUUUCAUCCCGACUUGCAGGAAUUCCUGGCCUCAAGGAUUCCCUUCUACAAAACUUUGGUGUUCGGAUGGUGACAUAUGACCUACCCGGAUUUGGGGAAAGUGAUCCUCAUCCUGAUAGGAACCUUGAGACAUCGGCUCUGGAUAUGUUACACUUAUCCUAUGCUUUGACUAUUACUGACAAGUUCUGGGUGGUUGGAUACUCUGAUGGAAGCAUGCAUGCAUGGGCUGCCCUUCGAUACAUUCCUGAUAGGCUUGCAGGUGCUAUCAUGGUUGCUCCAAUGGUCAAUCCAUAUGAAUCAAGAAUGACCAAGGAAGAAAGGCGGAGAAUAUGGGGAAAAUGGACAAUAAAGAAGAAAUUGAGUUAUCAAUUAGCUCGGAAGUUCCCUAGAUUACUCCCUUACUUCUAUCGGAAAAGCUUCCUUUCUGGAAAACAUGGCCAGAUAGAUAAAUGGCUUUCAUUGUCACUUGGCUCCAGGGAUAGAGCUCUGGUAGAAGGCCAAAUGUUUGAAGAGUUCUGGCAGAGAAAUGUUGAAGAAUCAGUUCGACAGGCCAAUGUAAAACCAUUUGUCGAGGAAGCUGUCUUGCAGGUUUCUAACUGGGAUUUCAGCAUCGCAGACCUUAAAGUACCGAAUAAACAUCAGGGUAAAGGCAUUCUUCUUUGGCUCAAAUCAAUUUACAAUCGGGAAGAAGAAAGAUCCAGUGGAUUUCUUGGCCCAAUACACGUAUGGCAGGGAGCCGAAGAUCUGGUGGUCCCUCCAUCAAUGAGUGACUUUGUGCACCGAGUUCUACCAGAUACCAUGCUGCAUAAGCUCCCAUACGAUGGCCAUUUCACGUAUUUUCUCUUUUGCGACGAAUGCCAUCAGCAAAUGUUUACUACUGUUUUUGGAAGUCCUCAAGGUCCUCUUCCCCCAAAAGUGGAUCAAACUCCAAUUGAAGGCGUUGAAAAUAAUUCAGAGGAAGUAAUUUUCAGUGAUGCAACAACAGAGGAAGAGAAUGUUUCUUGUUUAACCACAGAUGUGAAAGAACUACAGAUUCAUUUUGAUGCAUAG